GUCACCUAAACUAACCUCACCUCCCUAUGCAAACUAUGAACUUGAAGCAUUUGGGAGGGGAGUAAGAUAAAGCACUUUGAUCGAAUACAAGCACAAACAAAUCUUCAAUUCGACGCUGCAACGGCAGAACCUCCAUUCCUCAAAACCUACAUCCGAUUGCUUGACGAUACCUUGGUUAUUCCAUCUGCGAAGCUCGAUUCCCUCCAGACUUUCAGAAGUCAUUGUCAACGAUAUGGCAGACUCGGGCACCUUCACUUGCUUUCCACGACUUCCACCGGAAAUUAGAAUUGCGAUAUGGGAAAAGGUUGCGAACCUGCCUAGGAAUCUUGAUAUCUGGGCGCCGAAAACCGGGGAAGUAACGUAUUCGGCGGAAGUUCACGGUGCUCCAACCGAUAAGUGGCUAGAAACUUUCCAGUAUACAACGACACAAUUCCCUGGAUGUCUUCUCGCCAACCAGGAAUCGCGGUCUGCUACCUGUAAAUAUUUCGAGCUGAGCUUUGAAGUAGGCUACCAACAGGACAGUCUGAUGUUCUUUUACCAACCCGAGAUCAUGAGUAAUGUUACGAUGGAUCGGGUCUGCCCAAUGGGAUGGUACAGUGACGAAGCAGUUCUCGCUUUAUGGUCUGCAGAGACGAAACCAUCCUCUUGUGCCUUCAACGUAUUCCCACCCGACCAAGUGUUUGCUCUCGAACCACUUCUCUCUUCGCCCAAGAACGCCCCUGACGAGAUCUGCUAUACUACUCGGAAGCUCCGCCAAUCAUCCUAGGCCCUUUCGAUUUUGUUGAUAUCUCCGAGGAGAAUGCCACCUCUAAUGAAUGGAGAGUCCUCAACGAGGCCAAGCAAUUUUUCUGUGAAACAUGGGAUCUCGAAGUCAGAGAAC